AUGACAGGCUGCCAAAUCCAAAAUGAAACAGCAUCAGUGUCAGUAACUCACAUUUUUAAAAGGGUUUACUUACAGACAAAAUCUGCUGUGAAAGAAUUGGCUGCAAGAAAGAACCAGGUAUCCCUGUGCGUUUGGAUUUGGAGAAGAAACCACUGCAUAUUUGCUGCUCUGCAGCAGACAGCAGUUUACCAGCUGUGAUUUUCUUCUCUAUACUUACCUGGAGACAUGAAUGACACCUGUACCAACAGCAGUAUCAACCCCAGAGUAGAACUGUUCCAGCUGAUCAUAUACACUCCCACAUUUAUCCUGGGAUUGCUGUUCAAUGUGAUGGCCCUCUCGUUGCUGUUUUUUCCAGCUAAAAAGCUGUCAGAAUCUACAGUCUACCUGAUAGCCCUUAUUUUCCUGGAUACUUUGCUGCUGUUCACUCUUCCUUUUAAAAUAGUUUCCUAUCACCUCCAGAACAACUGGAAAUUCGGGUCCAUGUUUUGUUCCACCUUGGAGAGUCUUUACUUUAUAAAUAUGUAUGGCAGCAUCCUCAUCUCCCUCUGCAUCUGCGUUGACCGCUACAUCGCAAUCCAGCACCCUUUCAUGGCUCCCGCCCUGCGCUCCACCAAGAAAGCUGCUCUGGUCUGUGCUGCCAUCUGCCUGGGCAUCUCGGCCGGGACCGUGUCUACUUCCCAGUUUCAUGAGGAGAGCUACAACAUCUCGUCCUGCUUCUACAACUUCUCCAAAAGCACGUGGGAGAACACAGGCCUGAUAAUCACCCUGGAGAUGAUCUUCUUUGGCAGCAUGGUGGCCAUGGCCUUCUGCACCAUUCAGAUCAUCAGGUGUCUGAGAAAUCACAGAAAAUCAGGGAACGCCCAGACACACAUGACCAGAGCAGAGAAGGUAGUAGUGACAAACUUUGUCACGUUUUUGGUCUGUUUCACACCUUACCAUGUGACGUUCUUCCUGUACUUUUUGGUGAGAAAUGGCAUCAUGCACAUCCCUUGUCACGCUGUGCUACGGGACAUCCUUCAGGUCACCCUUUGCUGGGCUAAUCUGAACUGCUGUCUGGAUGCAGCCUGUUACUAUUUUGUUUUAAAGGAGUCUGCAGAAGGUUCGUUGCAAAACAAAGUGAGAAAUCACCAAGAGGAAAGGUUUGAUCUGCACACUGAACGUUAGUUACUUCACCCAGCAAGAGGAGAUGCUAUCAUGAAAGGUGCAGGACCUUGAACUACUUUUCUAA